CUUCACCUUUGUAAAGUGUGUUAGUUUGGCAGAGAAGUGACUUCUUCCUCCACCUUUGUAAAAUGUGUUUAACAGAGAAGUGACUUUUCUUCCUCCACCUUUUUCAUCACCGCCUGACAAAGCAGCAAGAAGAAGAAGAAGAAGAAGAAGAAGAAGAAGAAAGAAGAAGAAGAGCGGCGUCACACUCUGACUCUUCCUCCUCCAGCAGCAGCCAUGAAGAUAGCAUCUUUCAACAUCCAGAAGUUUGGAAGAAGCAAAGUGUCCGAUCCAGAGGUCCUUCAAAUCCUUGUCCAGAUUAUCUCGCGCUAUGACAUCAUCUUGAUCCUGGAGGUGGUGGACAUCAGCGGGAGGUCGGUUGAGACCCUCAUGGAUGCACUCAACACGUCGGACACGGCCCAUCACUACACUCUGAAGAUCAGCUGUCGGCUGGGACGCUCCCGCUACAAGGAGCAGUUCAUGUUCCUGUACAGGGACGACUUGGUGGACCUGGUGGGCUCCUACCAGUUUGACGACCAGGGGACCGACAGCGGCGACGUUUUCGCCAGGGACCCUUACAUCCUGCGAUUUAGAUGCCACGACACAGUGCUGAAGGACCUGGUGAUGAUCCCAGUUCACACCAAGCCAGAGGACUCGGAGACUGAGCUGGACGAGCUUUAUGACGUCUUUCAGCACAUGAAGAGCAAGUGGAGGACAGAUAACGUGAUGAUCCUGGGCGACUUCAACGCAGACGGCUCGUACGUUUCCGACCGCGACAUGCUGAACAUCCGCAUCCGCAGCGACAAGAACUUCCACUGGCUGAUCGGAGACGACGUGGACACCACGGCGAGCACGGGGAACACACACACUUAUGACAGGAUCGUGGUGUACGGAGACGACAUGCUCAACGCCGUCGUGCCCGACUCCGCCAGACCCUUCAACUUCCAGAAGGCGUUCCGCCUCAGCAACGAGCAGGCACUGAAGGUCAGCGACCAUUACCCCGUAGAGGUGGAGCUCAAGUCUCGGACCAGACCACCACCCGAAACUCAAGGUCCACUGCUGGAUGGAGAGCUGCUGGAGCUGAAGAGAGGAAACCUGCUGCUGGAGAGGGAGAAGCUCAACCUGGAGAUCCAAAUCCUGCGCGUGAAACUGUCCAGGAUGACGCACGGCGACGUGGAGGCAAACGAACGCAGGCCUCCCAACUGUACUGUAAGCUCUCACCUCCACAUCCAACACAUCGACGUGGAAUACCAACAUCAAUGUGCUUGAAUUCUGUCAAAAAGAAUGUGCCUUAAAAAUGUUUUUUCAAGGGUUUCAUUUUCAUUUUUUUAUAUAUAUUUUUUCUUUAUUUCAGGCAAUGACAUUUUUUAAAAAAAAGUACAAGGUAGACAACACGUAAUAAUAUACAUUAAUAUAAUGCAAAAGGUGUCAGGUUUAAGCAGGGCCGGCCCGUGGCAUAGGCCGUAUAGGCAAAUGCUAAGGGCGCCGUCCAUCAGGGGGCGCCACGCCAGUGCCACAAAUGUUAUUAUUAUAUUAUUAUUAUAUUAUUUCUAAAUACAAAAAAUAAUCCCACGUUAAUUAAAAUGCAAAGUAAAGCCUAUUUAAUAGAAAUAUUAUUUGUUACAACAUUACGGCACCCCCUCCCUUCCCGUAUCAUGACUCUUUUUGGAUGUCACCGCAUCAAAAAAUCAACACAAGAUGUCAAAACGGCCAAAACUGUCAGGUGCCCAGGGAAGAAAAAAGAGAAAAGAAGAGGAGAAACGAGAAAAAGACAUAGAGGUAGCAGGGAGGUAACGUUAGCCUACAUGAAAUUAUUUGUCUGUUACAGAAACAUUAGCAUUAAGCUAAUGUUACAUGAUUCGGCAAUUGCUAAUCAAUAAAUAACUAGUUCUGUUUUAACGUCGGGUUAAUAUUGUGGAGGGGGCUAAAUUGUUAUGGAAAAUAAUAAUGUAACGUUAGGUAAUUACAGUACUCCCACCUUACAUUCCUCAGGGACAUUUGUAUUAGAUCUUUUAAGCAGGUGUUUUUUGUUGACAUUGUUAUUGCCUUCUGGUUAGCUAAUGUUUGCCCUGCAGGUAAUAGUCACUUUUCCACCCCUUUAUAUAUUAGGUAUAGUUGUAAGCCUAGUUGUUAAAGUGCACAUUAUUAAUGUUAAUUAAGCAAUAUCACAUGAGAGGGAAUGCUGUUUUUUUUAAUUUGAGCACUGCUGUGAUUCGGUUAAAGAUAAUCAUAACAUAACAUUCUCAUAUAAUAUGUUAAUUUGCUUUCUUUAAGUUAAAAAAAAAAAGGUCAAAGACAAAGCUAUUCGGUUUCUUGUGAGUAUAUACACUUCACUGCCGAUGGGCGCCAGAUUGGUUAGGGCCAGGCCUGGGUUUAAGCACCGAUGACAUCUAUUAAACAGAACAAGAAGCAAGGAAUCAGGCAGAGACAGAGUUCAAUUUAGCUCAUGGGGAGAAUGCAUGGAGCUGCACUGUCAGGUUCAAACGCUGAUGACAUCUAUUAAACAAGACAAGAGGCAAAGAAUCAAACAGAGACAGAAUUAAAUUUGGACUCUAUCGAGGAGAAACCUGGCGACCAUGCUCUGCCAAAAGAUUGCACUCCUUCUUUAUUGGACUUUAGAAUAAAAUAGAUAGACUUUAUUCAGCACCACAGUUCGCUCACAUCCAUUUUCUACUGCUUGUCCCAUAAUCAAUAAACCAGUCAAUCUAUAUAAUAAUGUAUUGUAGAGCAGGUAGUGGCAAAGCACUUGAUAUGAAAUAUUUUCAAAGGAUUGCUUUGAUGUGAGGCUUUAAAAUGUCUCAAUAGUACUGUAAUGGUCCCAAUAUUGACACCCGAGGAACACCUUGACUGAAUAACAUUUGCAAACCAACUUAAAGGAGAGCGAUUAUGCAAAAAAACAACAACAAAACCACCUUCUCUUACCUCUUGGUUGUAUUCUGACACGUAACUUUUGAAGGGAAGUGACCAACGUGACGGAUCACCAAAGCAACUAUCUGAGUACGCAAGGGGCCUAGAUCUUACCGCUAAAAGCAGAUACACGCAAAUAAUCCAACUAUGCAAUGGAAUUUAUCCCUUUAUGUUCUCAGAAAAAUAUUUGUGGAGUGAUAUUGAGGAUUAUACGUCGGUCACGUUCUCAGAUAUGUCAAAUUAUUGUGCUCCAGACAUCAUUCUACACAACAAAACAAAUGAAAACUUGUAAAAGCAUGGAGGUCUACAACUUCUUUGUGUGUGUCUGGGUCAAGGACAUUGGUAUCAACACUCUCCAUGAUAAAUAUGUAUCCUUUUUGCUCGGGUAAUGUUGUAUUCCAUGAUUUAACUUUGCGUCUACAUAAGCUAUGUUUGUUGUUGUUGUUGUAAGUGUCGUUUACUAGUAGCGGGUUUUUAUUUAUCAAAAUAUAACUAUAGAUGUCAACAUUGUGUACGUGCUGAUUCAUUUAUGAUUGUUUAUCAAAAUAUAACUAUAGAUGUCAACAUUGUGUACGCGCUGAAAGAUUAAUGUAUGAUUGUUUAUCAAAAUAUAACUAUAGAUGUCAACAUUGUGUACGUGCUGAAAUAUUAAUUCAUGAUUAUCAAAAUAUAACUAUAGAUGUCAACAUUGUGUACGUGCUGAAAGAUUCAUUUAUGAUUGUUUAUCAAAAUAUAAAUAUAGAUGUCAACAUUGUGUACGUGCUGAUUCAUUUAUGAUU